AUGUGCUAUCGGUACACAGCUUUUAUGAGCAGCCAGUUCACAGACACUAUGACAGAGAUCAGACUGGCGGCCAUGGGACAGAGCCUCUUUGGGCACACUGUGCAAGCUCAAGCUGCCUGUGGGGAUGCAGUGACAGAUAUUGGCCAGGACGAGUGUGUGCUCAUUCUCAUCAACCACUGUCGGGACAUGAAGCAACAGGAAACGCGGCUCAGACUUACCACUCUGCUCCUGCUCCUCAGCUGUACAGCACUGUACAUUUUUACCCUCUGUACUGAUUUGGGGAAACGUGAAAACUCUGGAUCUGGUGCACAAGAGAGUGCAGCUGAGCAAAGUCCAGCCUAUUCCAAGCAAGUCAGAGAGUGCCCUGCAGAUCCUGAAAAAGACUUCCAAAGACUGCACAUUGAUCUCAGGUCUUCAGGGCCUGCAUAUAACAACACUGGGACUGGAUGCAACAAGAUUCAUGGCAUCAAAUGGAGUGCCAGCCUUGGUGAAGAAUACCUCAAAGAUAACAGUGCCAUUGUGAUUCCCAAGGAAGGCUACUAUUUUGUCUAUGUGAGGAUUGCUUUAGGCUGCCACGAUGAUGAUGGAUCUGUAAACUUCAGGAGGUUCUAUGCGGAGCUGUACAGCUGGAAUAUAGCUUACAACCAGUCUUUACACCUGAUGGAUGCCCGCGAUGGUAUCGUGUGUACCUCACAGCAGUUCAGGAGCGUGUUUAUGGGGCAACUUUUUCACUUGUUGAAAGGAGAUCAUUUGAGAGUGUGCGUUGAGGAGGGCUACAAACUGAUUACAAAAUCAUCAUUUGGUGCAUAUCUCACAUAG